GCGUACAGAGUGCUAUACCUUAUCAGCGCAGCGAGGUUUGAUGUGUGCCAAAUACCAAACUGGCGGCAGUCAUUGGACUCUAUUAUGUCUCAGCAUCUUUCUUUUUCAUUGCUAAGAUUAUGACAUACUCUCGCCCGCCCUGUAUCGAUACUAACAAGCAGAAGGUCACACGCAAGCAAUUGGAUAUUUAGAUGUGUAGAGUUAUAGGGCUGCCACUGGUCCAUAUAUGGGAUGUUUCAUGCAUAUAAAAUACCGAAGAAUCUCUCAUAGAUUCUUGGCUUUCUCUUUUUAUCUUUCCCUUUUCCCAGAGUCUAGACAAUACUAGAACCUCACUUCCCUCAACCCCGUCCUCCUGAAACAUACAAGCUCAUCUCCCCAUCCUAUCCCAUAAAACCCUCUUUAAGAAUUCCAUCACCUAACACAUACUCCACAGCUAUGACCUGGGGAACUUUCCCGACUGGCCAUGAAACAUUCUGGGGCCCUCCAAACGGCGGCAUCCCCCCAAAUAUCAUGGCACCACCACCCCCAGCAGGCUUCGUCAUUACCAAAGGCGAGGAUGGCAAAUUCACAUGUGACCCCAGAUGGGCCUCCGUAUCCGCAACGACAUACAAGUUCUCCAGCGACGGCAAAGUCGUCGGGAACCCGGCAAGCCCCAUGGUCGCCCUACCCAGUGGCCCGACCCCGUCCGGCCAGGCCCAGGCGCCUCACUGGGUCCUCCCGCAGCAGCAGAUCGCUGGCCAAUUUCUACAAAUGUCACCUGCACCUGUGCCUGCGCCUGCGCCUGUAUCUGUAUCUGCUCCUGGUGGCGCUUCCCAGCCCAGGCCAGCGCCCGCAGUAGCGCCCGCUGGGCCGUCCGUGCCAUCGCAGACCCAGGAUCCCGCUGCUGCCCCUGCCCCUCCUGCCGGUGGACCAGGGGCAGCCUUUGCAGGAUUGCCCCCGCCAUCCCAGGUAUACGCCGUCCCAGGCACGAGUUUUUUCACAGUCGUCGAUGCGCAGGGGAAUCUACAGGUUACUCUCCCUGGGCAGCACUCGGCGGCGAACCUGCCUCCGGGGUUUUUCCAGAUAAUGAUGAUGAUGAGGCCGCCGUGAAGUAAGUUGAAGAGAGAAGUUUGUAUUAGGGCGCUUUCGCUUAAAAUAGACUUCCCCUUGCGCGCGGGCGGUUGGAAUGUUGUCCUCUUGUACACGUGUUCUUGUUCUCUAGCUACAAGACUAUCCACCAUAUUUCCUCAUUCUGUUGAUAUAUUUGGAAUGGUUCGGCCCUUUAGCUACCAGUAAACGGCUGGUGGGUGAUCGGGCUCUUCUUCUUUUGCCCCAAUGUCCUACACUUCCUAGAUUACUAGUUUUCAUUUUCCUAGCGCCUUCAUUGGGAGAAGGAAGGCACACGGCAAGUGUGCCUGCAAUGUCUUCUCCAUGACACUAUAUUCCCUUUGUACCCAUCUAAUCUCUGAUUUCUUAUUCCAGUUUCGAUUCUGUUCCCCUGUAUUUGACAACGCGUGGGUAAUUUGCCCCGUUAUCAAUACCCCAUCAGCAGAUUAUUUUCACUUCUGUUCUGGGCUCAUCUUAUAUGUAGGUUGAGAUGAUUUAUCGAUGUAACCUUUCACUUCGCCACUACAAGUGACUCCCAUCAAUUCCACUACUAUGAAUAUAUCUGUCUACCCUUACUUUUUACUUUAUAUGCAGUAUUUUUGUCUCCUAGGUUAUCCGGGGGGUGGGGCGGGGCCGGGCCGGCGGGGUAGAGGAGUUCAAGAAUUAAAAAGUAGUUAUGAGAACAAGGUCUGCAACAAGAGAUCAUGAAAUGGACUGAUACUCAAGCAGGAGGAAAAUACACACACAAAGCAUAAUACAAAGCCGUAGUUUAGAUAGAUCCACAGAGCUAUACAAAAC